CUCUCUACUCCCCUUCAACGUCCUGUGCAAACUGUUAGCUCCAUCGCUGACGUAAAAUCGCCAUUAACACCGCCAUUGCCAACCUAUUUUGUAAUCUCCCACAUCAAUCGAGCUACCUCAUUUUCACUGCCGAUACCAUCGUUGAUUGCAGCGGCAUUCUGCAGCUGAACAAGAAAAUAGAAUAGAGUCACGCCAUUGCAGAGUAGCGCUGGUAAACCCAAAGGGAAUGAAUAGUACUGAUGCUAGGCCUGUGCCAUUUUAUAAUUGGCACAAUUGCAGCUGCCACAACUAUUGAAGUCUAGCAACUCUAAAUCGCAUAGAAAGCCACAACAACCGAUGUUGGAGGCUGUACAUGAAAUUGGCAUUUAUGUUCAUCGAUUUCACAAUCUGGAUCUAUUCCAGCAGGGAUGGUACCAAAUAAAGAUUAGGACAAAAUGGGAAGAUGAUGAUUAUGGAACUCCAUCAAGAGUUUUUCAGUAUGAAGCUCCUGAGUUGGGUUCUGAAUAUGUUUGUGGAAUGUGGAGGAUUGAUGAAACUGAUCUCAGUUUCUUCACACAAGCUUUCCGGAUCAAAUUUUCAAGGCAGGAUGUCUUUCUUUCAGUGAUGGUGUGUUUCAGCUUACCCAUCACCAGAAAUGAGGGUCCAUCUUCAUCAGCUGUUAUUCUGAAAUUUGAGCUUUUACAUGCCCCUGUUUUGGAGAAUGGGUUUAAUUUGCAGGACUCAUUUGACUCGUGUCCUGCUGCAGUUCAUGAAUUUCGGCUUCCUCCUGAGGCUCUUUUGGGACUGCAUUCUUAUUGCCCUGUUCAUUUUGAUGCUUUCCAUGCUGUGCUUGUUGAUGUAAGCAUACACAUCAGCCUGUUGCAAGGCAGUGUUGACACCUCAGAAGAAGUACCAAGUGAUUCUUUCAUUGAAGAUGUUACUAGUGAAGACCACGAUGAGUCUAAGAAAGUACUGCUUGUGAAAGGGUUCUUGACUGCACGUGACAUACUUCUUGAAGAACUACAAAAUAUCAGCAAGGCUAUUAAUCAAGAUCUUGAUAUGAAUGAUUUUCCUUCUAUGCUUGAGGAUAAAGAAUCAUUCAGUUUCUGUCCCAGUGCAGCAGAUAAUGUUGAAAGUUCAGUAGAAGUGCCUAUCAACAUGCAGAAUGUUUCUGAGAAAUGGUUGGGUGUAUCCAAGUUUCAAAAUGAAGAAGUUUUGAAUUCUCUAUCUAAGGAUGAGCUACUUUCUCUGUUUCAUUCCUUUGGCAGCCAAUUAGUUUACUUAUGGGGUAUAUUUCAGAAGUUUCACAGGGAUCACAAAACAUCAAUUCUGGAUUUUCUUAAAGAACAAUGGGCUGUUGGUCGAAGAUCUGAAUGGUCAAUAUGGAUGAUUUAUUCUGAAGCUCUGAUGCCUCACCAAUGUAUAAGUAGUGAGGUUGACAGUUCUUCCCACCACAAUACCUGUGAGGGAGCACCUGCUCUGCAAAAGCUAACUGAGGAUCCUAUCCAGACUGCUACAAAACGUGCUGAGCUUCACAGGCAGAGUAUUUCACAAAUGAAGAUUACUAGUUGUGCUAUUCAAGACAUGCAAAUAUUUGGAGAUCCAUUACGCACUCCAAUUGUGAUUGUAGAGCGUGUUCGGAUUGCACCAUUUCUCUCAAGCCAUCAGGAUCAUAAUACAGAUAUCAAGCUUGCUGGGAUUGGCUCCAAACCAAUUAAGAAGUUUGAUAGCCUUCGACGAAAUAGUCGUGUUCUAAAAGUUGUUGUGUUUGUCCAUGGAUUUCAGGGGCAUCAUUUAGACUUGCGGCUUGUAAGAAAUCAGUGGCUUUUGAUAGAACCUAAGAUACACUUUCUUAUGUCAGAGUCUAAUGAAGAGAAAACUUCCGGUGACUUCAGGGAAAUGGGAUUAAACCUGGCUCAAGAAGUAACUUCUUACAUAAAAAAGAGGAUGGACAAGGUGACAAGAUCUGGAAAUUUAGAAAGCAUUAAGCUUAGCUUUGUUGGGCAUUCCCUCGGAAAUGUCAUAAUAAGAGCUGCGUUGACUGAGAGCAUUAUGGAACCAUAUCUCAGAUAUCUGUAUACAUAUGUUUCUGUUUCUGGCCCACAUCUUGGUUAUCUGUACAGUUCGAAUUCUUUGUUCAAUUCUGGGUUGUGGGUUUUGAAGAAGCUCAGAGGCACACAGUGUAUCCAUCAGCUUACCUUUUCAGAUGAUCCUGAUAUUGAAAAUACAUUCCUGUACAAGCUAUGCAAGCAAAAGACCUUGGAAAACUUUAGGAAUAUUAUUCUGUUAUCUUCUCCCCAGGACGGUUAUGUUCCAUAUCAUUCUGCUAGGAUUGAGAUGUGCCAAGCAUCUUUAAUGGACAAAACGAGGAAGGGAAUAUUAUUUAUGGAUAUGCUCAAUAAUUGCCUGGAGCAGAUGUAUACUUCAUCAUCUGAGCUUCGGGUAAUCAUGCGAUGUGAUGUUAAUUUUGAUAUGUCAUUGCAAGGGAGGAACUUGGAUACUGUGAUAGGAAGGGCUGCUCAUAUUGAGUUCCUGGAUUCAGACACAUUUGCCAGACUUAUAAUGUGGUCCUUCCCUGAUAUGUUCCGUUGAAUGCUCCUCCUCGGUCACCUCAAAUUUGCCAUCCUGAAUUCGAUGCUCGAGAGCCUGCCUUUUUAGUAAAGUU